AAAAUUACUAACAUUGGGCAUGUGUUUCAGUUUGUUGUGUUUGUUUUUAUUAUCUUGAAAAGAAUUUGGACAUCCGUUGAAAUUUUGUGUGGAAUGAAGUAUUUCAGUGCAUAUUACACUUGAAAAAUCAAAAAAAUUGUGCUGGCUAUUCAUCGUUCGUAUAUCGUUUUACAUAACCUCGUCAAGUAUAAAACUACUUACCAUCGAAGUGCUGAACGUGAUAAUAUUACAGCUUGAUGCUUCAAGACUCGAUACAAUUCUGUGAAAAGAUAAAGAAUCAUGUCUGCGAAGGAGUGCUGUGAAAAGUAUGCACACUCGCCGGUACCAGUCACUGUAACACAAAGUCCAUAUUCCAAGCACCACGAUAUUUCGGUGAAAGUUGGCGAAGAAAUUUUUCCGUUGAAUCGCUUACAAUUAGCUUUGGUGUCGAACUACUUCGAGAAAUUAUUCACCGAAUAUUACGUCGAAAAAGAUAGCAAACUUGUGGAAAUUGGUGCCUUGGACAGCAAAACAUUUUCUGCCAUAGUUGAUAUAAUCGAUGGAAAGUCUCUCAGUUCGCUUAUAAAUGCCGACAACUUCGUUUCAUUAUUGAUGGGUAUGGACUACUUGCAAAUGGAAAUCAGGCUGUUCGACUUCAGAACGUUCAUCGAGCAGUAUGCGGGAGACUUACCCUUCGACCCUCAAAUAUUCCAGUUGUUUGAUUUCAUUUGCUUUAAUCAAAGUUACGAAUAUUUGAGAUCGACGAUUUAUACUUAUUUAUUCCAUUAUAUCGUGGAACUUCCGAAGUAUCAAGAAUUUUUUCUCUUACAACUCGAUGAUCUUAUAGAUAUUAUUAAAGCUGCGCAACCCAGUUUCAUCAAAAACACAUCGUCAUCGUUCACCAGAUACUCGAACGCUUACGAGAUGAAUGUGAUUAGUCAAAUGUGUUCCAAAUGGAUUUGUCACGAUGUUGAAAAAAGACGCCAUCAUUUUUUAGCGCUGGUAAAUGCUGCCAAUUGUACGCUGUUCAAGUUUUCUUUUCAAAUAAGUCCUAGUAAUGCUGGCUCGGUUUUGAGUAAAAUGGAAGAAUGUUGCAAAGAAGAAGAAAUUGGGAAUUGUUUUUAUCAACUAUUGAAUUAUAAUGGACAAAUUAUUGAACAUCCGGACGUUGAGCAGCCGAGAAAGCGUCUGAAGGGGUUUUCUUGCGCAUUCAAAGCUAACGAAAUAAACAAGGAAGAAAAAUUGACCAAAUUUCUAGAAAACGGAUAUUUACACGAUGUAACGAUUCAAGCUGGUAAAAAAACUUAUAAACUUCAUCGAGCCGUGCUGAGAAGUGCAUGUUGUUAUUUCGAUACUCUUUUCUCUGUUGAAAACUGCGAGCAAUUGGUACAAUCUGAAGAUGAAUCAUUAAUUCGUAAAGGUAACAAUGAACUUUAUGUGACAGAUUUUAGCGAAAAUGCAUUCGACGCGGUUGUCAAGUACAUCUAUUUUGACGAUACGAAUAUUUCGUUUAAUACACACGCAGAAUGUUUGGAAACACUGAAAAUGGGGAAAACAUUGAAAAUGGACGUAUUAAUAAUCAAAAGUUUAUCCUGGAGUAGACGUAAUAUGGAAACAUCGAGUAUUGAAGAUAUUCUCCAAAUACUAAAUCUUAGUGUAGACGAUGACUCGUUCAAGAAUACGUAUUGUAAAUUUAUUUCUAUUCACGUAGAACGAUUUUUAGAUUCUGAAGUUGCCGAGAAAUUGACUCGCGAUGAAAUUUACCGGCUAUGGAACGUUGCUGAAAUUUCAAGCUUGAAGGAUGUAACGGAUACAUGCAUACAGCGGAUGGCAGACGAUCUUCAGUCAUUAAAAAUUGAAGAUAUUCUCGAAAUGUUUGACGAAAAACAUGGAAAAGUGGUGGUGCGUCGAAUUCUCAGCAACCUUUCUCGGGAGCUUUCCUUUGAUAAAGCUCUUCGCAUAUUGCGUACUAAUGAAGGAUUGAAAUUUGAAGAAUUCACGAGUAAGUGUAUGGAAUGGAUUACAGAAAGUGUGAAGUCGAAAAGUCUAACUGUUGAAAAUAUUAUCGAAGUAUUGAAUUUCACCGAUGGAAAAGAAAAGUUCGAAAAUGAACGAGUGCUAUUUUUCUGCGGGUACAUAGACGCAAAGUGGCCUGACAUAAACGAAGCGUUGUUCUCUACGAUUUCUUGUCCCAUGCUAGAGAAUAUACUCGCGUCGCCGUUUCUCUUUUCUCAUAAUAUCGAUAACAUCCUGGAUAUUUGUGCGAAAUGGGUAUUGCACGACAUAAAGAGCAGGUAUUGUUUGAUACCUAAAAUUGCAAUCGAUAUCAAUCACAAUCGUAUGGUGAAUCUCGAUGAUCAUAAAAUUGCCGAAGUUCCUUCAGAUUUAAAUAACUGCUCGCAACAGAUAAUCAGAGAUAAAUUAUGGGAAAUACUACGUUCAACUUCGUUAGUUCCUCAUUCCGACUCAAGAAAUUUAAUAAUGAAGGAAAAAUCGAUUUUUAUUUCUCCUCGAUCGGUUCAUAGUGUUUUAGACAUUGAAUUGAACGAAAUCGCAUUAUUGUCGUCGAUCUCUGUGUCUAUUCUAUCGGCUACUUUAAUCAGCGGUAAUCUAUUUGUACUUGGUCGAUGUUACCCCGAUUUCAGAUCUGUAUUUCUAGUUUACGAUUUAUCUUCCAAGAAACUUUACUAUUUGGCGGAAAUCCCUUUUAUGGAAACGGACGGCUGUAAUGGAAGUGGUACGAUAUUAAAUUGCAACGACCAAGCGUAUUGUUGCUUUAGUUUAGGAGAGACUAUGUUGAGGUAUUCCGUCGAGUUGAAUCGUUGGGAAGUGACUAUUCAACCAAAAAGAAAAAUCAAUUCUCGUGAUCAAACGUGUUUUCUUUAUACGAGUGAUGGCUCAAAUCUGUAUAGAGUUUUUAAAGCCAGAGGAAAAUUUGUCGCGCAAACGUUGAAUUUCACAUUGCAUUCGUGGACCUCUCUUCCAGAUCUGCCGAAUUUUCCGAAUGAAUGCGAACAUCCUUUAAAAAUCACUAACAUUGUGAAUGGUAUCGCCGUAUUAUCGCAAUCUAUGGUGUACAUUUUUAAUCGACAAUUAGAGUCUUGGCGUAAAAUUCUGCUUCCUUUGAGAGACAAAGGAAUAAGAAAUGAAAAUGGUUGCUUUCCACUCAUUACUCAUUAUAAUAGUAGUAUUAUAUACGCAUAUGAUGGAAAAAUGUACCAAUUAGACCUACAUCAUCUGCAAGAAGGAUGGAUUUUAAUGAAAGAUCAAUUGUAUGAUUCUCAUCUUGCACGGUAUGUAAUCGUUAUUCAUCGUGCCUGAGUCAAUUAUAGUUUUGAAUUAAGACGUGUUCAUCGUGUUCAGCUUACAUUAGUACAAUACGCUGUAUGAUUUAUGUCCUUAUGAUGUAUUAUUUGUGAAUCUACCUACAUAUAAGUUUUUUAAUAUAUUUUGAGUCAAUAAAGUUUCAUCUUUA